CAAGCUUUUCAAGUUAUAAAUCAUGGGGACCAGUCAGGAAACUUCCCUCUUCUUGGUGAAGAUCUUGGAGGAACUGGACAGCAAGCAAAAUACCAUUUCUUAUCAGGAUCUGUGCAAAUCUCUCUGUGCCCGGUUCGAUCUGUCGCAGCUUGCCAAACUGAGAAGCAUGCUCUUCUACACGGCCUGUCUCGAUCCCAAUUUUCCAGCCACGCUGUUCAAAGACAAGAAGAAAUGCAUUGUGAAUAACCAGCAAUCCAAGAAAAUUAUGGUGGCAGCAGAUAUAGUGACGAUAUUCAACCUGAUCCAAAUGGAUGGCGGGGCCGCCAAGGAGAAGCUGCCUAUGGGCCGCCAGCAGGUGUGCAAGAAGGAGGCAUCCUUUGACUCAUGCAGGUCAGACACAGAGGUCUGCAAUGCAGCAGAGUGUGAGCCCCUGAACUGCGAGCUGAGUGAGAGAUCUUUCAGCCGGGGCUACCCCACCAGGCAGUCAUCCAAGUGCCGGAAGAUAGACUGCAAGGACUGCCCGCAGUUUGUCCCUGCCUCUGAGCCUAACUUCCUGUUGGGAGUUAGCAAAGAGGUGAAACACAGGGCUGCUUCCCUGGACAGGCUGCAGGCGCUGGCCCCUUACUCUGUGACCAGCCCUCAGCCCUGUGAGAUGCAGAGGACCUACUUUCCCAUGAACAUUGAAAAUGAGUCAAUUUCAGACCAGGACUCCCUGCCCAUCAACCAGAGCAUCAAGGAGACCUUCAUUUCCAAUGAGGAGCCAUUUGUGGUCCAGUCCUGUGUCCAGAAAAGGAAUAUCUUUAAAGAGGAUUUUCACAACUUGAUGGCAGUGUCCCCCAGUAUGGUUGGCCCCAUCAGCAAAGCAGAGAAUGAGCACGGGGAACCCCAGAGUCGAAAGGAACCCCACAAGCCACCCUUCUUUAACCACAGCUUUGAAAUGCCCUAUAACAGCCAGUACCUGAACCCGGUGUAUUCCCCUGUUCCUGACAAAAGGUGAGCAAAGCACAAAAGCUUAGAUGACCUUCAAGCCUCUACAUACUUCGGGCCCACUCCUGUGAUGGGGACCCAGGAAGCCAGGUGCUGUCCAGGGAGGCCCAGCAAGCAGACUCCAUGGCCAGCCAAAAGCUGGAGCCUGAACAUGGAGGAAGUUCCUGACUUUGAACGGUCCUUUUUCAAUAGAAAUCCCUCCAAGGAGAAGUUGCGCUAUCCAAAUGCCAGUAGCCAGACUCCCAAUUUCCCAGCCUCAGGCAGGCGCCCGACUUACCUCGUUCCAAAUGAUCAGCAGCCAAUUCUCCCCAUUGCUUAUGCAGCAAAACCAAACGGGCUCAAAUCUAAAGAGAUCUCAUCCCCUGUUGACCUGGAGAAGCAUGAACCAGUCAAAAAGUUUAAAGACAAGAGCAUUAACUGCACCAGCGGGCAGCUCAGCUCAGACACCAGCAGUGUGGGCACCCAGACCGAGCAUGUACUAGAGCCCAAGAAGUGCAAAGACCUGUGCACCUCCAGUCAGGGCAAGUACAGUGACAGGCAUGCCAUGAAGCACUCAGACGACGACUCGGAAGUUGUCAGUGACGACAUCAGUGAUAUUUUCCGAUUUUUUGAUGACAUGAGCAUCAGUGGCUCCACAGGAGUGAUACAUUCAUCCUGCUACAACAGCACAGGGUCCUUGUCUCAGCUCCAUAAGUCAGACUGCGACAGCUCUCCUGAGCACAACUUAACCAAAAUUGCCAAUGGGGUCCCCAACAGCAAGGGAGACAAAAGCAGCCGACCUGAAAACACCCACCACUUGGAAGAAGAGCUGAAGACCAGUGUGUGCAAACUGGUGCUCAGGAUCGGCGAAAUCGAACGGAAGCUGGAAUCCCUGUCAGGUGUCCGUGAGGAAACCUCCCAGGUCUUGGGCAAACUAAAUAAAUUAGACCAGAAAAUGCAACAGCCUGAGAAGGUGAAUGUGCAGAUAGACCUGAACUCCUUGACAAGCGAGGCUCCGUCUGAUGACAGUGCCUCUCCCCGGAUGUUCCGUGCACACAGUAGCUCCCAUGGACCCAAACUGGAGAACAACCCUGAUUGGUGCUGCUCUGAUGCUAGUGGGAGCAACAGCGAAAGCCUGCGGGUCAAGGCCUUAAAGAAAAGCCUCUUCACCAGGCCGUCCUCUAGGUCCCUAACAGAGGAGAACAGUGCCACAGAGUCCAAAAUUGCCAGCAUCUCCAACUCACCCAGAGACUGGCGUACCAUCACUUAUACCAACCGUGCAGGCCUCAAUGAGGAGGAGAUAAAAGACCCGGGCCCAGGAGAUAAUAAAGACUGGCAUCGGAAAUCUAAAGAGGCAGACAGACAGUACGACAUCCCCCCACAGCACCGACUGCCCAAGCAGCCCAAAGACGGCUUCCUGGUGGAGCAGGUGUUCAGCCCUCACCCCUACCCUGCAUCCCUCAAAGCCCACAUGAAGAGCAACCCUCUGUAUACUGACAUGUGGCUGACCGAGCUGGCUGAGGUGAAGUGAGGCCAACCUUCUUGGACCAUUGAGGAGUAUGCACGGAAUGCGGGUGACAAGGGCAAGCUGACAGCCCUGGACCUUCAGACACAAGAAUCUUUAAACCCAAACAACUUAGAGUACUGGAUGGAAGACAUUUAUACUCCAGGCUACGAUUCAUUACUAAAGCGUAAAGAAGCCGAAUUCAGACGAGCCAAGGUCUGCAAGAUAGCUGCUCUGAUCGCUGCCGCGGCAUGCACAGUCAUCCUCGUGAUUGUCGUGCCCAUCUGCACAAUGAAAUCAUGAGCUGAGAAUGCAACCUACAUGUGGCUUAUGACUACUGAUGUCUUGUCUGUAUUUUAGAAUCUUGCAGCAGUAAGGCAACAGUCUGUUGAGAUAGAGAUUAAAUCAUGGAAGCUUUUUCACAAAUGUUGAAUAAGGUGGUUUUUAGAAAAUACACAUUCUAGUGAGAAAUCUACCUACCUAUUAGCUUUGACUCAAUUACACUCGAUGCAUUUUUAGAAGUGCAAUAUCUUUUCCUACCAAAAGAAUGUAAUGAACUACCAGUAAAUACAAAUUGACUAUCCCAAGCCAAAAAAAGAGAGAAAGAUUAAUUGGGUUCCUUCCAUUUUGAUGACGUUUAAUGGUGGGGAAUAAGUUAUGCAGAAGAUAUUUAAUACAUGUCUCUUUAGAAGAAACUAAGGGAAAUAGCAACAUAAGAAGAAAAGAGGGUGAGUUCUCUUUUCCAUAAUGCUCUUAGACCAUUGCUGGUGAAAUAACAGGGUGCAUGUCCCUAAAGGGAAUUCCUUCUCUGUCGACUUGUAUCAAGGGCUACUGACUUUCAUUCUUGCCCUUUUGCCAUCAACACGACAGAAUGUCUGCAUCACUGCAGAUCUUCAUGGAAACGUUCUGGACCUUCUUCCUUGUGCCUGGGGUAAGAAGGAGCUGGACUACCAACUCAGGUGUGGAAUGAAGUGUUCAGACUGCAUGAUGGGCCAAGGUAUUCAGGCCAGGAGACCUUCCUGUCCUCAGUCCAAAGUGCAGGGGAGCUGCUUGCUAAUGAUGUAAGGUCAGUCUUUGAAAAUCAUGGCCACUCCAAAGAUCUCCUGUUCUUGCUUUUGGUGUAUGGCUGUAUUCCUUAAUUUUCUAUCUCCUGGUAUACCAGAGGCUCUGCCUCUCAUACAUGAGUUGAAGAGUCUGGAACUUCUCCUUGUGCCUUGAAGAGUAGAGACAAUGGCUAAACUUUGGCAUUCUAUCUGUAAACCAUGGUUUUCAUGCACCACUAAUGUCAGCCAUUUCAAUGGCUUUAAAAUGAUUUUGAAAGCUUGUUCAAUAAUAUAACAAUAAAGAAGGCACUGGGGUUUUCUCAGUUACCACAACACCUACUCCAGAGUUUUGAAUACUUAGCAGCAGUGCAAAAAUAUUAUCUAUUUAACCACUUAUCUAUAUCUAAAUACCUGAUUUUCAUUUAUUGUCUUCUCCGUUAAAUAACUUAGAGCAAGGUUUCUUUAAUGUAAAAGAAGCUGUUGUAAUUUCACCUGAAUUUUGAUCUGUCUCCACCUGCUGAAUGGUGUUUUGACAAUAAUGGAACAGAAAGAAUCCUUAUCAGCAUCUGAUUCUAUCUUGUCACAGGUUAAAGAAAAAAGGAUUGACAGAAACUAGCUCCCUUGUAUUUUUUUUAUAACAAGGUGGGACAUAAAUAGAUUUUGGUAGCAAGUGUAAUCACUCUGGAUGAUAUAAUAAAUUUCUAAAUAAGAGGUGUGAGAGCAUUUCAAUUUUUAAAGCAAUAGGAGUCCAGCAUCCAUUUAAAAAAAUCCCAAAUAACGCUUAUCUUGCUGUGCCUAAUUCUGUUGUUCACCCUUAAGG